AUGUUUGAGUCUCCGGAAAGUUUACAAGAUAUUUGUAUUAAUUGUAUUGCUAAUAAUAUAGAAAAUUUAUGCAGAUCUGUACAAUAUUGUGAUGGAAUCACAGGACUUACUUCAAAAUUAGUUUUUAAAAAUGAAGAUGUUUAUCUACAUUCUGAAUUGUCGGAACAGCUUUUAACAGCUUUAUGUGAUAAGGGAAAACUUACAGAUUUAAAUAUUACAUUAUUCGAUUCUAAAUAUACAAGGCUAAAAUAUGUAAUAUUACAAAAUGCAAAUUUUUUAACAAGAAAAGGUCUUAGAAUAUUAAAAGGUCACAGUAUAAGUUCUUUAAAAGCGACAGGAUUAAAAGUAACAGUUAAUGAUCUUAUAUUAUGUUUAGGAGAUCGAACUUUACAAAAUUUAAAAUGUUUAAAUGUAUCCGGGUGCUCAUUUUUAGAAUUGGACAGCACAAUAUAUUGUGUUGUGGUAGCUCUUUCCAAAUUACAUUGUCUUCAAUAUUUAAAUGUUAGUUGUACUGAAUUUAACACUCACGGCUUGGGAAUCGUUUGUGAAGAUUUACCACAGUUAGAAGCUUUAGAUAUUUCAAAUACGAGUGUAGACGAUAUAUCAUCAUUGAGAAAAUGUAAAAAUCGAUUAAAGAGUUUGGCCAUAGAAGCUGGAACUAGAGAUCCAUUUGAAAUAUUUUCUCCGGUGAGAGCAAGAGUAAGUCAAUUACUUCGAGCGACAAAUCAUUUACCUAAACUUAUUUCAUUAGAUGUAUCAGGAAAAGAUGAUGUUAACAUAAAAGAUGUUUCUGUAUUUCUACAAGAUCGACCAAAUGUUGUCUUUUUAGGUCUUCUGUAUUCCGAUGCAUGUUAUUCAGAUCGAUUUAUAAAUACUAGGCACAGUGAAUAUAAUCCAAAACUGACAGUAACAGGAACAGCAAGCGAAACGCAAAUUUUAGAAUCGUUAAGAAGAUAUUCAGCUCGUCCAUUAUACAUCCAUAAAGCUCUUUGUGAUUUAUUUAGAUUAAUGCCAACGUACGUAAACGAACCUCGGGUCGACAUAAUUAAAUUAGUUUUAAAAGGAAUGGCGUUGCAUCCUAUGCAAUUCGGAGUUCAAAUGGCUGCAACUGCUUGCCUUUAUAAUUUAACUAAAGGCGAAUUAGCUGCCAAAAUUCAUCCGACCAUAUUAAAAGAUGUCGUGGAACUCGCUUUGACGGCUAUGGAAAACUUUCCAAAACAUUACCAAAUGCAAAAAAAUACGCUGUUGACUUUAUGUAGUGAUAGGAUUUUACAAGAUGUGCAAUUUGAUAAAUUUAGAUGCGUCAGACUCGUACUUGUCUGCCUUUGUAACUUUGACGAUUCUUCGAUAAACAGAAUGAGCGUGGCAAUCUGCUCCAUUUUAGCGGCUAAAAUAUGUACAAACGAAACUGAUAUUUUAGGCGCACAACCCGUUUUCAUGCGGAAACUGUUAAAAAUAGUAAGAAAUAAAGUGGAAACUCAAAGCGUGGAUAUAACAAUAAAAUUUACAUUAAGUGCAUUAUGGAAUCUUACCGAUGAAUCUCCAUUAACGUGUAAAGUAUUUCUCGAAGAAGGGGGAAUGAGUUUAUUUUUAUCCGUACUCGAAGUUUUCGCCGGGGAAUGCGCCAUUGAAACCAAAGUGUUGGGAUUGAUAAACAACAUUGCAGAAGUGGCCGAAUUGAGACCGCAGUUGAUGAUACCAAAAUUCAUUCACAUAUUGAGAAAAUUGCUCGUCACUUCCGGUCACAUAGACGUGAGUUAUUUUGCCGCUGGAAUAAUAGCACAUUUGGCGAGCGACGGACCCGAAGCCUGGACCAUACCCGACAUCGGGAGAGAUUACAUAUUGAAAGAAUUGGCUACGGCCGUGGAGCUGUGGGAAAUGCCGGAAGGGGAAAUGGUUUCCUAUCGGUCUUUCCAUCAUUUUUUCCCAUUGCUCGCGAGAAACGACGCUUACCAACUUCAACUAUGGGCGGCUUGGGCCAUACGUCACGUGUGUGCAAAAAAUGCCAAAAAAUAUUGUCCGAUGUUGAUAGAACAAGGUGGAUAUAAAAUAAUUCACGAUUUAUCGACGAAUCCGAACGUACACGAAAACGUUCGAGCUAUUUGCGUGUCCAUAUUGAAAGAUAUUCAACGAUAA